UCUCACACCACAAUCUCCAGUCGCGGGCAAAUACUUUUCAUCGCCAUGGCAGACACGCGGCAGAGAAUUGUCAUAAAGGUAUUUCGCAAGUAUGGCCAUUCCCUGGGACCCGAGGCGCUAGAGUUUAUCGAGGAAAUUCUGGAUCGACACGAAAUUGCAGAUGAGGACGUGGAGUUUUCUAUCGAAUGGAUAGCGAAAGAGUACAACAAACAGGAUGACGCGCAAAUGAAGGUGUCGUUGGAUGUACUGCAAAGAGUCUAUGACACAUUCCAAGGCUCAGGUAGUACCUCAGACUCGAUGGUACAGGAUCUAAUAGACCCUGAGAGCCACCUGUUUGUCAUCGACGCUUUUGACAUGCCGUCAUGGCACUGGUCGAACGAGAGGAGCACAUUUGAGAGGGCUACUGUACCUCUCACGGUCUCUGGUUCUGCGGACUCCAGAAUAAUGGCUAUGCGUAACAGACUCAACAUCAUCAGACAGACUAUUCUCAGGAACGACCAUUUCUCUCCAUCCACGCUGCCCUCGAAAGAUAGAGAAAGGCUGCUCACUUUGAAAUCAACCAAACAACUUCUUGGUCGCGCUGGCGACCGUUUUUUGCUAUUCGGGAUGCUUGCGCGUAAUAAAGAAGGGAAGCUAUGUUUGGAGGACCAAGACGGCUCUGUUGAGCUGGAAUUUUCACAAUUAGAUCAACCCAGUGAAGGAUUGUUCACAGAAGGUUGCUUUGCACUCAUUGAAGGGGACUACACAGAGGACGCUACGCUUCUUGUCAUAGCCAUUGGCCAUCCUCCAUGUGAGAGUCGAGAUGCUGCACGUUCAAUCUUUGGACAUGUUGAUUUUCUCGGAAAAGGCGCGACAACGUUGCUGGAAGAUACGAAUCUGGCUGCUCGUGUUCGCCUUGACCUACCAGACUUGCGAUUCUUUGUGCUGUCAGACGUGUGGCUCGACCAUUCCGCCACACUCCUGGGGCUACGGAAGAUGUUUGACAAUUGCAUGGAAAAUAGCUUCAUUCCGAAGGUUAUGGUGCUGUGUGGCAAUUUCAGCAGUCGCGGCAUUCCUCAGGGUAACAGUUACGAGGUUAGGAAGUUCCAAGAUAACCUGGACUCAUUAGCCGACUUAAUUGCAUCGUAUCCUCUCAUUACGCGGACGACACACUUCGUCUUCGUUCCGGGACCUCUCGACGUCGCCCUGAAUUCUGUGCUCCCUCGAAGACCCUUGUUGUCCUCUUUCGUGUCUCGCCUGAAGUCUCGGGUGCCAAAGGUGCACUUCAGCACAAAUCCUUGUCGCAUCAAGUUCUUUGAACAAGAGAUUGUCAUAUUUCGAGAAAAUCUUAUGGCAAAAAUGCUGCGCAAUCUCGUAGGCAUCAAGCCCGACGUUCGGAAUGAUGAUCUUAAACGAUAUCUGGUUCAAUCGAUACUUGAUCAGAGCCAUCUUAUACCCCUCACCACAUCUAUUCAACCCGUCCUGCCUGAUUUUGACCAUGCACUCCGCUUAUACCCACUGCCUACGGCGGUCGUGCUAGCGGACAAAUAUGAUCGCUACCAAAUGACAUACGAAGGCUGUCAUGUUUUCAAUCCCGGCAGCUUCAUUGGCAACUCCUUCGCCUUUUCGGCAUAUACUCCUUCGCGAAGAGAGUCGGAAGAAUGUGUGCUCGACAUGGACUCUGAGGACUAGGCCAAAGGCUUGAGUGGCUGAUGCAUCUCCCGUCGUCAUUGUAUGUCUGUAGAAGACCAUUUCUUCACCAGCAUGAUUACUAUGUAUGCUUACGUGGUGACAUCGAUGAAUGACCAGCACUGUCUUCGCCG